AUUAGAAUUAUUAUUUUUGAGUUAAAACCACCCUUAUGUCAAUGUCAAUGUAUUAAAUGGCGCCAAAUUCUGAAUUAUCCACAAUAGAUGAAACACCCGUGCAACAAAUGGCAGACUCAACAGAUACACAACAGUUUAUUGUGAAAUAUCGUAAAAAUUAUUAUGACAUAUCGGAAUUUCUGCACAAACAUCCGGGUGGUCUUAAUACCCUUAAGGGUCUACAGAAUGCGGAUAUGACGGGACGUUUUAUGAAAGCCCCACCCCAUUCAGAUGCAGCCAUGUACUUAAUGCAGGAAUAUAAAAUUGUAACAAAGUCCAAAAAUAAAUUGAAUGGCCAUGUAAGAACCGAAUUAAAGGAAAAUAUUGAAAUAAUUGAGGAGUAUGAACAUGAUGACAAUAAUAACAGUAGCAGUGAUAAAAACAGUAGCGGCCUUAUUGAUGAAAGUAUGGAGCACUUAGUUGAUUGGUCCCAAGCCAUGUUACCACAGAUUCCCAGAAUCACACAAUAUUAUGAUGAAUGGGUACAUAAACCGGUGGAUAGGCCUCUAAGGCUUUUCGCUCCCUGGUAUUUGGAAAUGUGUACUAAAACUCCCUGGUGGGUGGUGCCGACUUUUUGGCUACCUGUCAUUUCAAAAUUAAUAUACGAUGAAUUCAUUAACGAACUGCAGAUGCAAAAUACUUUAAAGCUAACCCUCUUGUCACUAUACUUCUUAACCGGCAUACUAUUUUGGACAUUUCUCGAGUACACUCUGCACCGUUAUGUCUUUCACAUGGAAGUCAAACCAAAUACCCAUCCUUGGUUGUGUACCCUACAUUUCAUGAUCCAUGGAUUACAUCACAAAGUACCUUUCGAUCCUAUGCGUUUGGUAUUUCCUCCGCUGCCGGGUGUCAUAAUUGCCUCUAUAUUAUAUUCACCUAUAUCGCUGUGUUUACCACGGCCCAGAGUGAUAUUGGCGGGCGCCUUGUUUGGUUAUUUAUGUUAUGACAUGAUUCACUAUUAUCUACACUAUGGUAAUCCGAGUGUUAAACAUCUAUAUCAUAUGAAACGUUAUCAUUAUCAGCAUCAUUUUGCCCAUCAAGAUAUGGGCUAUGGCAUUUCGAGUCCGUUGUGGGAUUUUGUUUUCAAUACGAGCAUACAUUUAAGAAAGUUAAGAUAUCAUUUGAAGUGGAAAUAAUUCUAGCAGUGAUAUGUUAUUAAAAAAAGCUCCUCUAGGCUGAAAGAAAAGUGAGUCGUAAAAGUGUUUUUCCUUUCCUUUUUAAAAAUUAAAAUUAAAUUGAAAUUUUCAAUUCUCUUUUCUUUCUUCCUAGAGGAACUAGUUGUAAAUAUUGUCGGUGAUGUUGGGAGUUUCAAUUAUGCUUGUUAUUUUCUGAUUUUUAAAUAUUAAUGAACAAAUUGUUUUAAUAAUUUUAAAUAUUGUUUAUAAGAAGGUUUCAUUUUUAGCUUUGAAACUAAUGUUCUUUUAUUAUUUAGUUUUAACUUUGUUGUAUUUUUAUAUUAAUUGAAAUUCAAAACAUCACUGAUUGUAUUUAAUUUAAUUUAGUUUAUAAGUUAUUAAUUGUUUAAGUAAAUUUUUAUGAACAAAAUUAGAACAAGUUUAUUUUAUUAUUAUUGAUAAACUAACCAAAGAAAAAUAUAAAGAUAUAUAUUUAUUUGUACUUUAAUCUUUGAAGACGUUCUCUUCAAUUUUUUUUAUAAAAUAAAGAAAUUUGUUUAAGAAUAUACAUUUAUAAAA